AGCCCAGCUCUCCUCUCUCUUCUUCUUCUUUUUUUUCCUCCACGUCAGGACUCGCUUAGCUAUAAACUCAAUUAUUGUACUUGCCCUGAUACUAUGCAUCGUCCUCCACAUUUUCCUCGCCCACAUUUCUUUAAUCUCCUGCAGAUGCAGAGACGCAGAUGCCGACGCCGGGGCGGCUUUAGCCACCACUACUAUAAGAGAAGAGGACGACGCCCAGCUCUCUGUGUCCGCCUUCACCUAGCUUAGCAGCUUAGCCUGGCAUCUAUCCUCUCCUCCGACCUCAGUCCUUCCUUCCUCUCUGCCGCCGGCACAGGUGAGCUAGCAGCAGCAGCAGGCAUAUGGAUUCGUCGGCAGCAGCAACGACGACGAUGCCCCGGCCUGUGGUGCGACCCAAGAGGAAGAAGGUUCUGGUGGACUACCUGGUGACAUUCCGAUGGAUCCCCGCCAUCUUCGUGGCCCUUCCCCUCUCCGCUCUCAUCCACCUCUGCAUCUACAUCGGCGGCGUGCUGGCCUCCAUCAAGUCCGAGGAGCGCCGGCGCAGGGAGCACGAGGAGAACGUCGCCAAGGUCGUGAGGCGCCUCAAGCAGAGGGAUCCCAAGAGGGACGGCCUCGUCUGCACGGCCAGGAAGCCAUGGGUGGUGGUGGGGAUGCGCAACGUCGACUACAAGCGCGCCCGCCGCUUCGAGGUCGACCUCUCCGCGUUCCACAACAUCCUGGAGAUCGACACCGAGAGGAUGGUCGCCAGGGUGGAGCCCCUCGUCAGCAUGGGCCAGCUCACCAAGGUCACCUGCCCCAUGAACCUCUCCCUCGCCGUGGCCCCCGAGUUCGACGACCUCACCGUCGGCGGCCUCAUCAACAGCUACGGCAUCUCGGGGAGCUCGCACAUCUACGGCCUCUUCUCCGACACGGUCGUGGCCAUGGAGGUGGUCCUGGCGGAUGGCCGGGUCGUGAGGGCCACCAAGGACAACGAGCACUCGGACCUCUUCUACGGCAUGCCAUGGUCGCAGGGCACCAUCGGCUUCGUGGUCGCGGCGGAGAUCAAGCUCAUUCGCAUCAAGGAGUACAUGAGGCUGACCUACACUCCGGUGAGGGGGACGCUCAAGGAGAUAGCGCAGGCCUACGCAGACUCCUUCUCCUUCUCGUUCAGCAGCAGCAGCAGAGACGAUGCUGGUGGUGAUUCCAAAAAGCAGCAGCAGGUCCCUGACUUCGUGGAAGGCAUGGUGUACUCCCCCUCCGAAGGCGUGAUGAUGACCGGCGUGUACGCCACGGCGGAGGAGGCCAAGAAGAAGGGCAACCGGAUCAACCGCGUGGGCUGGUGGUUCAAGCCCUGGUUCUACCAGUACGCCCAGACGGCUCUGAAGCGGGGCGAGUUCGUGGAGUACAUCCCCACGAGGGAGUACUACCACCGGCACACCAGGUCCCUCUACUGGGAGGCCAAGCUCAUCAUCCCUUUCGCCGACCAGUUCUGGUUCAGGUUCCUGCUCGGCUGGCUCAUGCCGCCCAAGAUCACCUUGCUCAAGAUCACCCAGGGGGAGGCCAUCAGGAACUACUACCAUGACAACCAUGUCAUCCAGGACGUGCUGGUGCCGCUGCACAAAGUCGGAGAAGUGCUCGAAUUUGGGCACCGAGAACUGGAGGUCUACCCUGUUUGGCUCUGCCCUCAUCGCCUGUUCAAGGCCCCCGUGAAGGCGAUGGUGCAGCCGGAACCAGGGUUCGAGCAGCAUCCCCGGCAGGGCGACAGCAGCUACGCCCAGAUGUACACCGACGUGGGCUUCUACUACGCCCCCGGCGCCGUGCUGCGCGGCGAGGAGUUCGACGGCGCCGAGGCGGUGCGGAAGCUGGAGCAGUGGCUCAUCAGCAACCACGGGUACCAGGCGCAGUACGCCGUGUCGGAGCUCAGCGAGAAGGACUUCUGGAGGAUGUUCGACCCCUCCCACUACGACCACUGCCGCCGCAAGUACGGCGCCGUGGGCACCUUCAUGAGCAACUACUACAAGUCCAAGAAGGGGAGGAAGACGGACAAGGAGGUCAGGGAGGCGGAGGCGGAGGCCAUCGUCGAAGCUGCUGCUGCCGAGGCAGACGCCGCCGAAUGAUCCAGCUCCAACUGCAGUCCAGUCCAAUAACGCAUAGCAUGCUUUUAGUUUAGUUUAAUGAAUGAAUUGUAGUAGGCUGCCAGUAUGCAUGCAUGCAUGCAUCCAGAUGAAUGAUGUGUGUCCGUUCCGUUGUUUGUUUCCCACCCAACUGCAGCUCAACUGAAUGUUGCAAUAAUAAAAUAAAGCAGCAAGCAAGCAGUUGUUUCUGCUCUGCUUGCUCCCUCUGUUGAUCAGCGUCAAA